AGCCGCCGCUGCCGUUAAUAUUUGUCGGCGCAGGGCUCUGAUUCUGAUGAAAAGCGAAGGAAGAUUCUGGCAAAAAGUAUAAUUCUGGUAAAAUUUGCAAAUCGUUAAGCGUACAAAACUGAAAAAGUAACAUAUUUAAAACAAUAGCAACAAAUUAAUAAAGCAAAAUACUCUUUAUAUAUUUAUAAAUUGCAGAAAAAUGGUAGACUACAGCAAAUGGAAAAACAUUGAGAUAUCUGACGAUGAAGAUGAUACUCAUCCAAACAUUGACACACCUUCACUUUUCCGGUGGCGUCACCAGGCACGUGUCGAACGUAUGGCCGAACUGGAACGAGAGAAAGAGGAUCUAAAAAAGCAAAAGCAAUCUUGGCAGGCUAGAUUAAUUGAUUGCAAAAAGCGCAUACAAAGUAAAGGUGAUGAUGAGGAACUGAAGAAAGAAUUAGAAAAACUGGAGAAAGAGGGCAAAGAUUUCGACCGUAAAGAAGAGGAGCUGAUUAAGAAAGAAAAGAAAAUGCCGUGGAAUGUCGAUACUAUUAGCAAGCCUGGAUUCGCAAAGACUGUGCUAAAUAAACAACCGGCUCGGAAACCAGACGAGAACCUUACCGAAGAGGAAAAGGAAGCCCGCAUGAAAAAGUUUGUAAAUGAAAAUGAAAAGUUAUGCAAGCAAUACGGCAUGUUGCGAAAAUACGAUGAUUCAAAGCGGUUUCUCCAGGAGCACCUUGAUUUGGUUUGCGAGGAGACUGCCAACUACUUGGUGAUAUGGUCCAUUAAUUUGGAGAUGGAAGAAAAACAUGAGCUCAUGGCUCAUGUGGCCCAUCAGUGUAUUUGCAUGCAGUAUAUUUUAGAGUUGGCCAAACAGUUAGACAUUGAUCCACGGGCCUGUGUAGGGUCCUUCUUUUCAAAAAUUCAAAACUGUGUACCCGAAUAUCGCCAGCAGUUUGAAAGUGAAAUUGAUGGGUUCAAAGAACGCAUUAAGAAGAGGGCUCAAGAGAAGAUUAAAGAAGCUAUCGCAGAAGCGGAAGAAGAAGAGCGUAGGGAACGUCUCGGUCCCGGUGGUCUAGAUCCUGCCGAAGUUUUCGAAUCACUACCCGAUGAAUUAAAAAAAUGUUUCGAAAGUCGAGAUACUGAACUAUUGCAAACUACUAUUGCCGCGAUGCCAGUAGAAGAGGCAAAAUACCACAUGAAACGAUGUGUAGAUUCAGGUUUAUGGGUUCCAAAUGCUGCCGAUUUAAAAGAAGAAGAAACAGAAGAAGCGACACCGAAAUCCAAGGAAACAGAACCGAUAUAUACUGGAGUUAGUUCAGACGAUUUAGAUUGAUUGUUAUGAUCACACAUAGAGAGGCCUUAUUUGAGCGGGAAAAAUCGAAAAUCGGUACAUUUGCAGCAGUAAUAAAGCAGUCCAUAAAAUAAUUAUCAUUCUGGCAGAAAUAUAUUCAAACCCAACACCACUCCACACUUCUAUCGAAAAAUGUUUAUUAUAUAUUUCUCUUCCCAGACUUAAUAGUAAUUUGUUUUCAUUUCGAAUUUAAUUAUGGACAUUUAGUCAUUUUAAGUAUUCCUUUUUUGAAUAUAUUAUAGUAUGUGUAAUUCAAAUAUUAAAUCGUUGUGUAUGUAAAUAAAUUGUAAGGAAAAAAUUUAACAAAAAACCAA